AAGAUGCUGUCUAUCCUCUCCUUCAGUAUGAACGCUGCUUUUCUUCUGCUGUGCGUGAGUGUGUGCGGGCACUGCGGGAAGAUGAAGCUCGGCGUCAGGAGAACAUCUGGACAACAUCACAAUCACGGAACUCCGCUUUUCAAGAAGACGUUGGAUGAAACCAAGACGCAUCCGCUGAGAUCAGACCAUCUGCUGCGUGUUGAUGAUCAUGACUUCACUAUGAGACCCGAAUUUGCAGGUCCAGCAGUGCCAGUGGGUGUGGAUGUACAGGUGGAGAGUUUGGACAGCAUCUCAGAAGUAGAUAUGGACUUCACCAUGACCCUGUACCUGAGACACUACUGGAAGGACGAGCGACUAUCUUUUCCCAGUAAAACCAAUAAAAGCAUGACUUUUGAUGGUCGAUUGGUGAAAAAAAUCUGGGUUCCUGACGUGUUCUUUGUCCAUUCCAAACGAUCCUUCAUCCACGACACCACCACGGAGAACAUCAUGAUCAGGGUGUACCCCGACGGACACGUGCUCUACAGCCUCAGGGUGACUGUAACUUCAGCGUGUAAUAUGGACUUCAGCCGGUUCCCGUUGGACACGCAGACCUGCACGUUAGAGCUGGAGAGCUAUGCCUACACUGAUGAAGACCUGAUGCUCUACUGGAAGAGUGGAGAUGAAUCUCUGAGCACGGAUGACAAGAUCUCCCUGUCUCAGUUCCUCAUUCAGAAGUUUCACACCACCUCCAGACUGGCCUUCUACAGCAGCACAGGUUGGUACAAUCGUCUGUACAUCAACUUCACUCUGCGUCGCCAUAUCUUCUUCUUCCUGCUUCAGACGUACUUUCCCGCCACUCUGAUGGUCAUGCUGUCAUGGGUGUCCUUCUGGAUCGACCGACGAGCCGUUCCUGCCAGAGUCUCGUUAGGCAUUACGACAGUGCUCACCAUGUCCACCAUCAUCACUGGGGUGAACGCCUCCAUGCCCAGAGUCUCCUACAUCAAAGCCGUGGACAUCUACCUGUGGGUCAGCUUCGUCUUCGUCUUUUUAUCGGUACUUGAGUAUGCUGCCGUAAACUACUUGACCACAGUGCAUGAUGGGAAGGAUCGCAAGUUAAGAGAGAAGCCUUUACCUCACACAAGGACUAUGCUGCUCGAUGACGCGUACGGUAAGUCUGAUGUCAAUGGCCUGGCAGGAUAUACCCAAGGUCCCGUCUCCUCUGGGGAUAAACAGGAACACAUGGUGGUGUGCCUGUCUUUGGCAAAUGAGGCCACAGCAGCCAAAAAGAAGACCCUCAGAGGCUUCCGUAUCAUCCAAAACACUCACGCCAUUGAUGCCUACUCUCGCAUGAUCUUCCCCGGGGCCUUUAUAUUCUUCAAUCUCAUCUAUUGGUCUGUGUACUGCUGAGUUGCCUUGA